AUGUCACGAUUCAAUACUUUCUAUCUUUUGAUUCCGGCAAGAGAGAACGCAUGGAGACAAUGGCUUGAAUGUUACGACUCGUCUGUUGCCCACGAUCUUGAACCUCGCCACAGUUGUCGAAUAAACUCAGAGCCACCUCGGACCGCCAAGAUGCGAUCCACAAAUCAAGAUGCCAAUGAAGAAAAACGUAUCAAACUACUCCAGGAGAUAUCCGCUCUCGAAUCAAACGAACUCGAAGACCUACCUUCAUUAAGAACUCUUCGUGACCUCAAAUCACGACAUAACACCCUAGUAGAGCCAAGUUCUGGAUUAUUCCGCUACCAGUCACAAUGCCUACCCCCCGAAAUGUGGAUACACGUCCUACUAAAGGCCGCUGAGGAUGACUGUGCCGACAUUCUGCCAUUGACACUGGUAUGUCAACGAUGGUCUUCCAUCAUACUGUCGACACCGCGACUAUGGACAUCUAUAUACAUUAGAGCAGACUUGGAUGCGUUGGAAGUGGCGCACUUGGCGCUAUUUCUGUCCAAGGGUCUACCAUUAUGUAUGACGGUCGAUGUUACUACAGCCCCUAUCGUAUGGAAAACGUUUCUAGAGAUAGAAAUAACUCGAGUUCAGCACCUCAACCUUAAGGUGCCUCUAGGGUAUUUUCCGUCCCCGAACAGGGAAGCCAAUGAGCGCCUGGACAGCUGGAUCGGGAGACUUUUCAGAGAUAUGAGAUCACUAUCAUCACUCGAGUCUCUGACCAUUGAUAGAUGUGGUAAACACUUUACGCUAUCCUCAGCGCUCCGUUUCCUUAACGCGCCCAAUAUCACGUAUCUGACACCUUCUUUAUCACCUGAGCCCGUCUCAGAACUCUCUAGAUUCAACCGCCUACAAUCUCUGAGAGUAAAUUCAUCACUGAAAACCGUAAUAUCUGAGCUCAUCACAUUGACCGACCUUAAAGAAUUGGUUCUCACUGGUUCUGCAUUGGAGGAGCAAGGGAUGCCACCCGAAUCGCACACCGAGUCAUGCAAAAGUAUCGCUCCUCUGGAGAGCUUACGGUCAUACCAAGAACCGUGGAUUUAUAUUCUGCCGCUCUUAUUCUCAGUGAGGUCCAGUAUCCGUGUAUUGGAACUCGACAUAAUGUGGGGGCAUGUAUUCAAGCUUCUUGCCGCAGUUCAUGAAGCACCUUGUUUACACAAACUCCACAUCAACGUCACUAUCAACUCAAAAGACGAAGUCAAAGCUAUUGGGUGGAAGGCGCCCAUUCUUUCUCAAAUACAAGACUUUCGGUUGAGGGUAACACAAGAUUAUCUGCAAGUAACUAGAUCUGGUGCCAAGUUGAAUCGUGCCCUCUUGGGAGCUCUUGAUGGUAGCUUGACCAAUAUCCGGACGCUUGAUCUCAAUGGUGACACCUUUGCCAGUGAUCUAGUUCGGUUUCUCAAGAGUAUGCAGCAUUUGAAUAUAUUGACCAUUGAAGGUUCCGUACAAAUUGACCAAGCCAGAACAAUAUCUUGUCCCUCGUUGAAAACUCUGAUGACAGGGACUGAGCAAGUGUUACGUUACGUAAGCAUGCCCAACCUCAUCAGUCUCACAAUUUGGAACAGAUACACUUCGGGCGAGCUAACAACAGGCGAGCCCUAUCCAGAGAUCGAUCGCAGCUUUGUAACUAGCGUCCAAACGUUACAUCUUGGACCCAAACUUGCAGAAAUUAUCGACUGGACUGACACUCCGUUUACGCAGCUUGUCACACUCAGGUGGCUAAAUCGUGGCGGGUGGUAUUGUUAUCCACGCUACCCCUUUCCUUCACUCACCAAAAUUAUUUUUGAUGAGAAAUAUGGGUCAGUAGGGGCAACCUAUUUCUGUCAACUACUACUUCGGUAUCCUCGAACCUGUCCACGUCUAGAAACGAUUGCCGUACAUGGAUAUCCAGAAUGGGACGCACUUCUAUACAUGCUCCUGAGACGAAACGUCUAUCGUCAUCAGGAUAAUAUUUCACGAAUUACGAGUAUAGAGAUUCCCGGGUAUCCAGCUCCAUAUAUAUUAGCACCGCUGAGUGCAUUAUUACAGGGCAAGAUCCCACUGGAAAUGCCAUCUCUCAAAGACCUUUCAUUCCUCGACGUUCCCUGGAUGUGGGUCAUUCCUAUUUUUAUACAUUUGGUCCCUGCCAAAGGUUGGGAUACACUACGCUUGACCUCCAGCAAGAUCUCAGGGACAGGAAAGUUAAUAUGCCUCUCGGGUCUGACCCGCCUCUUCCUGACCACCUCCGGGACUGGUUCGACAGCUGGGAAGAAAGAGGGCGUCGAAAUUGAUUCCAAAGAGCUCGAGUACCCGUUGUCCGGGACUUAUGACGAAAGACCUGGAUUUCUAACGAGGAGUGACCCCUUGGAAUCUGAGACCGAUGACGAGUUUUUUGCGGCCACCGACGGAUCUGGCAGGGUUUGA